UUCGAAAACCGUAAAUCUCUGAUUAUGGUAAAAACUCGAAGCAAGCUUGAAUGAGUUGCAGCUGCUGAACAAAUUAUUCCAAAUGACUACAUCGACCCCAUCGGUCCUAAAUCUCUCUGUUCUUUCUUCUUCCACCUCCGUUGAUCUUCGGCCGGCCAUCACUCCGAAAUUCCUUCCAUCCAAUCCAAUCAACUGCCCUGCUUUUACCUCCCUCCCAAAACCCUCACCUCGUUCACCAAUUCCUCCUCGGCUGAGAACAGCAGCAACUCCCAUGGCCGCCGAGCAAAGCGGAAGCGCCGUCGACAACCCCGAUGGAAUCAUGAAGCUACUGUUCGUGGAGAUGGGAGUCGGCUACGACCAACACGGGCAGGAUAUAAAUGCUGCGGCGACGCGCGCUUGCAGGGACGCUAUCUCUUCCAAUUCGAUUCCUGCUUUCCGUAGAGGGUCUAUUCCUGGAGUCUCAUUUGAGCAAAUGAAACUACAGAUCAAACUGGGAGUCCCACAUUCUCUGCAGCAUGGGAAGAUUGUGAGUGUUGAAGUCGUUGAUGGAGGACUGAUAUGCUCAAGUGGUGUACAUGUAGAAGAAAUGGGUGAUAAGAAUGAUGACUGCUACAUUGUGAAUGCUGCUGUUUAUGUUGGCUACUAGUUUUUCCUUUCCCUUUCCAAGGUUUCUUCGAGGUUAGCAUCCUCUUGUUGUUGACCUGGUUUAGUUUUCUUGUAAAAUACCCCAACUUCUAUCAGCUUUUCCGAAGACUAGCUUGGACCAUCUGUAGUCUGUUCCUGCUUGUAUUCUUAUGUGCUGUAUUCUAUCUUGACGGUUUCAUCAGUUUUAACGAUUUUUCUAUGCACUAUGAUUAUAUUGGUUCUCUCGUUAGAUGACCCAUUAAUUUAGUUCCUUAAGAACUACAUUAGGACUGCUGAAUUGGAACCUUUAGUCUUCUAUUAUCUACUAAUGGUAGUCAAUUUGACGAAUUGAUAGCUGAGAAGAAUGUUAUUGAGAAUGCAUUGCUAUUAUAUAACACUUUGGGACAAACUUAUUAGAUCUUACUGCAGUCUCCCUGUGGCCUUCAGGCAAGGUAUAUGACACAUUACAACCAAACAUCAUCUUUUACAGACUUUCAAUUCUCACUUCUAACCAUUAUCACUUAUGUGAUUACAGAUGUUAUCAGCACUUUUCAAUCAUUACCUAUCUAUUGACAAAUUAUUGUCUUUAGGAAACCAAUCACUUUGCAAAUCAAACUAUACUCCUUAUUGACGCAACCCCGUAUGCUUAAUACGAGGGAUAUGCGACGGUGGAGAGAUGAAUGAUGAAGGCAAACCAAAAACUAUUAGGAGAAGACUAAGUUCUAUUGUUGUGUUUAUGAUCACAUGAUGAGAGCUGCAUAAAGGAGCUGGUUCCAGGUAUCAGGCAGUCCAGGCAAGCACCAGUGGCUGCAAUCUGUGCCUCCACCACCACCAUAAGCAGCAGGGUGAGCAUCUUUCCUCAACUGCGACAAAGUCGUUAUGUCUAGUAGAUAUACUUGUUUCUUCAUUGUCAUCAACACUUUGUUCACAAUUGCAGCAGCUGGAGGUGAACCGGCGGGAUAAAUUGACCCGGAUAAGGGCUCUGCUUCUCCACUACAAGUCCUCUUUGGUUGAUUCCACUCCUGGCCUCUGGAUUUCACAAGACAUCAUCAGCAAGUAAGUCCCCUCUUAACUUGAAACGCAGAAGCCCACAGAUAGGAAUGAAUAUAAGCUUACUGAUAAUGGGUGGGGGAGAUCCCUUGGAAGAAGACCUUGGUCUUGGCAGGGUCGACAUUGUUGUCCACCCAUUUAGCCCAUGUAUUCAAACCUUUGUUGAAUGCAUCUAGCCUGUUCAUGUCUUUGGAUAGCGACGAUCCGUCUCUGAUGUAGUCCCACCUGCAUUGUCACAGCCGUUAAGAGAAUCUAUAUCUUUACAUUGCAAGCAACAAAUGGUGGCUGGGAUUUGGACAAGCUGAUAUUGUUUUACCCUUGAGAUUUGGCGCCGGUGUGAGUCCACCAAUGCCAGGAGUUGAAGACGAGCACGUCCAUCCCUUUCCAUGCAUUCCCUGCUCUAAUGGAAUCCAACGUCAGUACCCUUCCGACAUUUUCUUGGAUUAUGUCCACCAAGUACGGCGUCCGGUACAUGUACAGUGUCACCCCGUAAUCCUGCAAACAUAUGGAUUGACACGGCCAACUUCUUGCUUAGAAAAUGCAAAUUCUGAUUGUCACCACAUACACGGUCUGCUUGUUCUCAGCAGUACAUCACCGGCGCAAACAUCGUUUAUAAAAUUGUCACCGCAUAACCUGGCGCUUAAGUUAAGAUUGCGCAAAUCACUUACCC